AUCGAUCCAUCCAUCCAUCUAUAAAAGGGCACUCCCCUUCCUAAUUACUAAGUAGCUUCGUGUCAAAGCAUCAUAAAGCCUAAGAACCCGUCGCCAAAGCGCGCAUUCUUGCCUUUCCUCUCAACCCUUCACACGCCGUUCGCGUUUCCUUUUGCCCCUUUUCCCUUCGAGCAUCCGCCAAGAACGCAGGCUCGGAGCAGAUCGAUCAGCAGAUUCGAGAAGAUGGGGAGAGAUCGACAAAUCGGCGUGGCCAUGGAUUUCUCCAAGAGCAGCAAGUGCGCCCUGCAAUGGGCCAUUGACAACCUUGCCGACAAGGGCGACACCCUCUACGUCAUCCACAUCAAGACCGACUCCGUCGACGAGUCCCGUGAUAAGCUCUGGUCUAAAUCCGGCGCACCUCUGAUUCCAUUGGCGGAGUUCCGAGAGCCGGAGGUCAUGAAGAAGUACGAUGUUCAGACCGACAUGGAAGUUUUGGAUACGCUCGACACGGGGUCGCGACAGAAAGAGGUGAAGAUCGUGACGAAGCUGUACUGGGGGGAUGCUAGAGAGAAGCUGCUUCAGGCGAUUGACGAUCUGAAGCUGGACUCUCUGGUCAUGGGAAGCAGGGGACUAGGCACCCUCAAAAGGAUAAUAUUAGGGAGUGUGACCAGCUACGUGACCAGUCAAGCCCCUUGUCCUGUGACCGUUGUCAAAGAUCCCAGCUUCGGCAAGAAUUGAUCAUCACCUUCAUCUGAGUUUCAACCUUGGGCGGGUGGUCUCUUGAGGAAGAGGAUCAAUCUCAAGUGCUUCUCUCUUUUUUUUUCCAAUUUUCCUACUAAUGAAUAAUUACCUUUAUUUGUGGGUUGAUACCAGAUCAUAUCGACAUAGAAUUUACUCAUAUAUGAAAUUAAUGUAUUACUUCUAGCUAUGCUGCUUUCGUGUUUUUGGAUAGUGCUCACCGUUUCAUAAAAUGCAGAAACAUGUGUAUGCUUUCCUGAAAGGGAUUGUUAAGUAGAUUUGAUUUGCGGUAUUGAGCC